GACGUGAACGACAACGGGCCGACGGUGGAGCCGCGCAGCUUCGACAUCUGCAGCCGGCAGCCCGAGGAGCAGAUGCUGAGCAUCGUGGACAAGGACCUGCCCCCCAACACCCACCCCUUCUCGGCCACGCUGGAGUUCGGCUCCAAGAGCAACUGGACCGUCAGGGUGAAGGAACCAGACACGCUGGUGCUGCGGCUGGGGGAGGAGCUGGAGCCGGGGGAGUACAACCUGUUCCUGAAGCUGACGGACGCGCAGGGCAAGGGGCAGACGACGCAGGUCAGAGCCCAGGUCUGCAACUGCGAGGGGCCCGCCCAGAACUGCGAGCGACGAGCCUUUAUUGCCGACAGCCUCGGCGUCCCCGCCAUCCUGGGCAUCCUGGGGGGCAUCCUGGCGCUGCUCAUCCUGCUGCUCCUGCUGCUGCUCUUCGUGAGGAGGAGGAAGGUGGUGAAGGAGCCACUGCUGCCGCCCGAGGACGACAUGCGGGACAAUGUCUACCACUACGAUGAGGAGGGUGGUGGUGAGGAGGACCAGGACUAUGACCUGAGCCAGCUGCACCGGGGCCUGGACGCCCGCCCGGAGGUGAUCC